AAACAGCAUUAAUUUUUCCUGCUUUUGGUGGCGAUAGGCCACGGUGAAUUUGGUAUUACCGUAAAUUAUAAACCAACUCUGGUCCACUUGGGUUUGCCGUGAAUUCACAGCGACUAGCUUCCCGAGAAUAGCCUGAUCUGGCCAACGAUGGAGCUGCUCGAGCAGUUGCAAAAAGAAGGAUGGUAUUUACUUUCAUCUGGAUUGGAAAAGCUUCUAGAGGAAACUACUGGAACCAUUGGGCCUAAGCAGGUCAUUAAACUGGCACUUGAUGUUGACCUGCGGGAAAUUGGAGGAGGAGCCUUGGCUGCGCUCACCAGUCGAGCCACCAAGGUUGAUUCCAUCGAUGGUAAUAUUGUAGUGCAGGUAUUGAAGAUUCGAAACAUUUCUGCACCGAAGGCCAACGAAGAAUCCAAAGUAGCUCCUCGUAUGCUAAAGUUGACCUUGACCGACGGCCAAACGCAAUAUUCAGCCCUAGAGAAUCAACAUGUUUCUUCGCUGAGCUUGGACACACCACCGGGAACUAAGAUUUAUUUGAAAAAUGGACCCAUUAAAGUUACACAAGGUUUGCUAAUACUAAAUGCUAAUAAUGUCAGUGUACUGGGUGGGAGAGUAUCUGCGUUGGUAGAUAAAUGGGAAAUAGGACGCACAAUGGCAAAAUACGCUAAAGGAGGUAGGAUUCAGCUGAGUGCUAAUGGACCUCCACCGUGGAUUCCGUUUGGCCAGAAAAUUCAACAAACUGUUCCUGUUGAUAAAAACUUCAAGAGCUUGCAGGUUAAGCAAAAAGAUGAGUCAAAGGAAAACGCAGAGUUUACCGCAUUGCGAAACGAUGCAAUUGCUGAAGCAAACAAAUUGGGGACACGCAAAACCUUUGGUGGAGGAGCGAAACAAAUGGUUGACGCAAAUGUUCAGAAGAUCAUGGAUAAAGGGUUUACGGAAGAUCAAGCAACGCAUGCUUUAAAACUUACUCGCAAUAAUGUUCACCGUGCAUUAAGUAACCUACAAAGAAUAGAAGAACGGAAACAAAAUCAAGCGGACAUGAAAUCUGGCAAACAUGAACCACCGUCUAAAUCGGGUAAACGAGGAAAUAGUGCUAAACGAGAUUCUGAAUCAGAAGGAACUUCAAAACCAUCUACUAAAGUUUCUCUUUUCGACUUUUUGGAAGAUAUUCUUCCGGAAAGUGACACAAGCAACAAAAAAAGUGAUAGCAAAGAAUCAACGCCAUUCAGUGCGGCAGAAAAUAAGCACUCAGGGGAAAAUGUGGCGGCUAAAGCGAUCCCUAAUUCUAACCCCCAUUACAAUACGUACCCAACCAGUCGAUCCUCUAAUCGCGACAGUUCCUCGGCACAGCACCAGUCCAAUUCGUCCAAUCAACAUUACAAUAAUCCAAGCAAAAACUACAAUCAGCAACGUUUCGAAAACAAUAUCUCAAGUAGUUUUGCCAACAGAAACUCUCAGGCUGGCCCUAGUAAUCGAAACUAUAAUUCACAUCAGCAACAACCGCAUCAAUCGAGUUCCAACGCGACCACUGGGUAUAAACCAUCCAACGACUACAGUAGCAGUCGCUAUCGUGGUGCUCCGAAUGCACCCAGCAACAAUCACGCUAGUGACACAUAUCAACGAGGUCGCCAUGAAGCGAAAUAUAAUCAGUCGAUGUCUUCCUACCAUACAAACCAAAAUCAACAACCGCAGCAUCAGUCGCACUACCAUAAUGACAACUACAAUAACAACAAUAAUGCGCCCACAGCGGGACACGGAUCCAAAUAUCAAUCCAACGUUAACGGUAGUGGGAAACAAUCUAAUCCAAAUUAUGGUUAUGGAAAAACAGAAAGCAAAGGAUCUCAAGGAUAUAAUAAUCAAGGUGAAUCCAGAAAGCAGCCAAAUGCUCCGAGUCACUACCAGCAGCAGCAGCAACAACAACAACAUCAACAACCACAAUUCCAAUCAACCCAACAGCAGCCACCCUAUCCUACUGGAAGUCAGAAACAAGUGCAAGGUUAUAAUGUCAGCAACAAUGCAACUGGCAGUCAUCCAAACUCACACCACGGCAGUACGAACAAUGCGUAUGCCCCAGUAAAUAGUUCGAAUAACAAUAAUAACAAUAUUACCAACUUGAAGCCGCAGAAAGGAACCAGAUUCAAUAAGGAAGAAUCACAGAAGUUUUCAGCGCCUCCGGCGGCAAUGUCAACUGCACAAGGACGGAAACCGCCCCAUCAAAAGAUGCACAAUCCACAGCAACCAAAUUCAGCAGCAAGUCAACCUUCAGUAAGUGGAGGAGCACAGCAGCCAUUUCAGGCCGGAAACAAACAAGCAAAUACAGCACCCACUGCUAACAAUAACAAGGUGGCUCAGCUGACGGAGGCUACUGCAAAUAUGCAAAUCAGUAGUGGUAAGCCGUUUAAUAACGGUACCAAUAAUACGCAUGCACCGAAUUUGCCGAAAUCUUCUCAAGCUAACAUGAGUGGCUCCACUCCAGUCUCGACAGCGCAAAUUCCAAUGCCACCAAAGAAUUUCAUUCAACUGCCAAACGGAUUCAACUACAAUCCGUAUCAGAUUGUAGGUUUUCAGAACAAGCAGACCAAUGAGUUUGCGCUUAAUGUGCUGAAAAGUCAGCAGUUCGAUGCCAUGCAAACGGCGCAUCUUGCAGCGGCAACACAACCUGGUGCACCACAAGCCAUUCCAGGAGUGGGUAUGCCACCGACUACAGCUGUGGUUCCAGCUGUUUUGGGCACUGGACCUGCAGCUCCAAACGUUCAUCCCGUUAUGCCAAGCGGCGUACUACCCAGCUGGAAAAUCGGUGAUCGAUGCCUCGCGAAGUACUGGGAAGAUGGAGGCUUCUACAAUGCCGAAAUUACCGGAAUCUCAGAAAACACGUUUGUCGUAUGCUUCCUGGAGUACGGCAACUACGAGGAAGUACUCAAAACAGAUUGCAUCCCAAUAGGCGCCCCUGCAAUGCCGGGUCCUGCUCCAUCGCCACACGUACAUCCACCACCGCCGGCUGCUAUUAGCUUUCAUCACCCAUCCGUUGCACCGCACCUUCCUCCGGGGGCACCAUUGAUGCCAGCUCCGCAACCGCCCACUGGUGCCUAUCCCGGUCAGGGACCGGACGGGCAAUCCGUGCAGCACUUUAAUCAUGCAUACAAACCUCAACAAACGGGUCAAUAUGCGCACCAUCAGCAUCCUGUCCAUCAACAGCCACAGUCACAGCAUAGGCCUUCGAAAUUUCGAGAACAACGGCCAAUGUACGUACCUCCAGCGCAACGGAAAUAACUUUCCCGGCUCGAGGGGGCAAAGCGUCAUAUUAUGUAUUUAAGCACACACAAACGUACGAGCCAUCAUUCAUCGUAUUGCUAAGCCAGAGGUUCGCUUUUCAUGUACUAAUCGUUUUUCUGCCUCACGAUUUGUUGUGUCCGCAAAAGUGAUAAAACGGAGGGAGAGGAGCUAAAAAGAUGGGAAUAUUUUCGUACUGAUCUUUCUGUUUAUUUAUAUAAAAUUGUUACUGUUUUGAAAGUACCAUUCAGCAAAAGAUCGACACAUGUUCGCGUAAUUUUCGGCAUGAUACUAGAUUGCAUUGUGUAGAUUCUUCAUUAACGCCAACAGUUUGUUCUAGUGGGCGACGAAUGGUUUGCUUUGUCUCCGGUUAAAAUUUACUGUCAGAUAAAACGUGGAAUAAACACUAGAGUAUAUAAAUCGGAAUGCAUAA